AGGGCCUCAGAAACAGUUCACUGAGGAAAGUUGCCUGUGAUAGACUCUGUCUUUGGCCAAUCGUCGUGUGUGUCCUAUCCUUUUUGUAACUUCCUAGCAGAACCAGCCAAUCUCUCCCCGGGUAAUCCCCGGAAGGUGGUGGAGUCAAGAUUCGGCGUGGCUUCAGACCCUGCUAGGGUCAUUGAGGGACGCACCAAGAGACGGGAUGUCCUGGUCUGGCCUUCUCCGUGGUCUCAACACGUCCCUAAGUCGUGGCCUGGCCCUGGUUCCCCGGCUCUGGGCCACCCGCUCCAUGGCUACCCUGAACCAGAUGCACCGCCUGGGACCCCCCAAGAAGCAGCCCCUGCGUCUGGGCCCCACGGAAGGCAGGCCACAGCUGAAGGGUGUGGUCCUGCGCACAUUCACCCGAAAGCCCAAGAAGCCCAAUUCAGCCAACCGCAAGUGCUGCCACGUGAGGCUCAGCACCGGCCGAGAAGCUAUCUGCUUCAUCCCUGGUGAGGGCCACACCCUGCAAGAGCACCAUGUGGUCCUCGUGAAGGGUGGCCGCACCCAAGACCUGCCCGGUGUCAAGCUCAAAGUUGUGCGGGGCAAGUAUGACUGUGGCCACGUGCAGAAGAAGAAGAAAUGACCAGUGGGCACAGUGGCCCUGGCUCCCUGCAGAAAAAGAACCUUCCUGUCUGGGCUCUGGCAGGUCCUGAGAAACCAGCCCUUCCUACUCCAGAGGCAACAAACCUGAACCUGCCUCUUCCAUCAGGACCCCCACUAGCUCAUUGGGGUUCUGGGUGUGGAUUAGAAAAAGGUUCCCGCUGUUAAUACUUUGAGGUCAGUGUUCAGUGCUGGCUUGAGCAGCCUCUUCUGCUGGGACAAAACACUGCAAUAAACACACAGAUCCCCAUGAUUGC